AUGCCCCUGCUGCCCGGCACGGUGGGCCUGGCAGGCCUGCUCUUCUGGGCGGGCCAGACAGUGAACACCUUAAUGCCCAAUGCCACCCUGGCACUGGCCCAGACCGAGGGCACAGCCAUGUGGCCCACGAGUGGCCUGGGGGUGGCCCGCUACCGGCAGAAGCGCUACAUCUCUGCCCGGGACGUGAGUGCCUUACUGGAUUAUCACAACCACAUCAGGGCCAGCGUGCGCCCGCCUGCUGCCAACAUGGAGUAUAUGGUCUGGGACGAGCGGCUGGCCAGGUCUGCCAAGGCCUGGGCCACCCAGUGCAUCUGGGCCCACGGGCCCUCACAGCUGAUGAGAUACGUGGGACAGAAUCUCUCCAUCCAUUCUGGCCGGUACCGCUCAGUGGUGGAUCUCGUGAAGUCUUGGUCUGAGGAGAAGCGACAUUAUUUGUUUCCAGCCCCAAAAGAUUGUAACCCACACUGCCCCUGGCACUGCAGUGGCCCUGUCUGCUCCCACUACACCCAGAUGGUAUGGGCAUCCUCCAAUCGGCUGGGCUGUGCCAUCCACACCUGUGGCAGCAUCAGUGUCUGGGGCAGCACUUGGCACCAGGCGGUGUACCUGGUCUGCAACUACGCCAUCAAGGGCAACUGGAUUGGUGAGGCACCGUACAAGAUGGGGAGGCCGUGUUCCGCUUGCCCCCCCAGUUACCAAGGCAACUGCAAUAACAACAUGUGUUUCUCUGGGUCCAAAUCCAACAAGCUCCUGUGGUUCUGA